AAGAUCUUUUGUAGCACUAACGAAUACUAAAGAUAUUGUCGAUUAUUAAAACAAGAUUUUACCCACGGAAAAGGUGACACGGAUGUCCACUCGUCCAAUCGUUGGAAUCGACCUUGGGACUACCUUUUCCUGUGUAUCAGUCUUUAGAAGCGGAAGAGCUGAACUGAUUCCAAAUCCAGAAGGAGAUCACCUUACUCCUUCUGUUGUGUAUUUCGAUCCUAAGAACGGAGAAGUUUCAGUUGGUCGAAUAGCAGAAGAGUUAUCACCUCAGUGUCCCAGCAAUUGUCUUCUAGAUUCUAAACGUUUCAUCGGGAGACAAUACGAUGACGAUUUCGUUUUAAGCUACAUUAGGAACAACCAACAAAAUUUUUCGCUAGUUAGAGGACCCAAUGACGAAGUGGUUUUUGAAAUAGAAAUCUCCAACAGAAGAGUCACUAAGAAACCGGAAGAAGUUAGCGCAGAAGUUUUCAAAUAUCUGAAAUAUGCGGCAAGUGAUUACUUGGGAGAUGAUGUUACUGAUGCUGUUAUAUCCGUGCCUGCCUACUUCAGCAAUGCUCAAAGAAAAGCCACCAAACGAGCCGCAGAGCUAGCAGGGUUUAAUGUGUUAAAGCUGAUAACAGAACCGACAGCUGCUGCUAUCCAUUACGUUUCUGACAAGCAAAAAAAUGAUUCAAACAUAUUAACUUUUGAUUUCGGAGGAGGAACCUUAGAUGUGUCUUUGAUAAAAGUAAAAAAUAGCAUCUUCGAAGUAAAAGCUGUAUAUGGGGACACAUUACUCGGUGGCAGAGAUAUCGAUGAAAUCUUAUUUCAACAUUUCUAUAGCAAGUUGGAUUUGAAAAACCACAAAAACAAUUUUUUAACAAGGAAGUUCGAUCGUAGAUUACACAACAUGUGCGUCAAUUUAAAGAAAAACUUGUCAACCAGAAAAGAGUUUACAUAUACUAUAGAUAGAUACGACGGAAAGACAGAUCUUGAUAUAUCUAUGACCCGGAUGGAGUUCGAAGAGAUUAGCAAAGGCAUCUUUAAAUGCGUAGAGAACAUAGUGGAUUUAUGCCUGAUAGAUUCCGGUGUAUCUAAAUCGCUGAUAAAUGAAGUCGUUUUAGUGGGAGGGUCCACCAGGAUACCCAGAAUUAAAGAGUUGUUGAAAUCUUACUUUGGACCUGAGAAAGUCAGGACGGACUUAAAUCCGGAUGAAGCUGUGGCCGCUGGGGCUAGCAUAUACGCAGCGUACCUCAUGAGAGACCACCAGGACUUGGAAAAAUACAAGGUGACAGAAGUAACUCCUAUGUCUCUCGGCAUAAACUCAGCUGGUGGACGAAUGGGUUUCUUUAUACCUAGAAAUUCUCCUCUGCCAGCCGAAGGGCACCGUGAAUGCAUAACAACAGUUAACGAUCAGACAACCAUAAAAUUUUCCAUCUAUGAAGGUGAAAGAAAAAUUGCCCUUUAUAAUAAUAAACUGGGAGAUUUCGAGGUAACAGAUCUGCCUAAAAAACGUGCAGGAGACAUAACAUGUUCUAUAGAUUUCCACCUAGAUGAAGACGGUAUACUAAACGUAACAGCUACCGAAAAAUCCACGGGUAAGACUAAGAAGUUGGUAGUAACGAUGGGAGAGUUCCGAUUGAGCGACAAGAAAAUUAAAUCCUCCUUGGCAGAUGCGAAGGAACACAAAAUUGAAGACGAUGUUUUCGAAAAAUUUGCGAUUUUCAAAAUCGAUGCUCAGAAACAGUGUCGUCAGAUACUUUACGAUAUAAAAAGGAUUCCUUUAGAAAAGGACAGCAAUUACGUGAAAGAAAAGUGCGAACAAUUCUUAGUAGAUUCGAAUCUUUUGGAUUUCACCGAGAUUGAAAAACUGGAGGGGGUGUUCACAGUGUUUAACAAUUCAGUGUCGAGCAUCUUAAAGAAAUAUUCAAUGUUGCAAUUAAAACACUAAUGAACUCUAAAUAUAGUUUCUGAACCACGA